ACUAUGAAAAAUCAUACACAGAUGACAGAAUUCAUCCUCCUGGGAUUGUCAGAUGAUCCAAAGUUUCAAAUGGUCAUUUUCUUCUUUCUCUUACUUGCCUACAUACUCAGCAUUGCUGGGAACUUAACCAUCAUCCUCCUUACCCUAUUAGACUCUAACCUCCAGACCCCAAUGUAUUUCUUCCUCAGGAAUUUCUCUUUCUUAGAAAUAUCAUUUACAACUGUCAGUAUUCCCAGGUUCUUGGCCACCAUCAUAACUGAAGACAAGACCAUUUCCUAUAAUGGUUGUAUGGCUCAAUUGUUUUUCUUCAUUCUCUUGGGAGUAACUGAAUUUUACCUUCUGGCAGCCAUGUCCUAUGACCGCUAUGUUGCCAUUUGCAAACCCCUCCAUUACACAACCAUCAUGAGUGGCAGAGUCUGCACUUUGCUUGUCUUCUACUCAUGGUUUAUUUCAUUCAUGAUCAUUUUCCCAGCACUCAUAAUAAUGCAGCAGCUUGACUACUGUGCUGAAAAGAUCAUUGACCAUUUUGUCUGUGACUAUUCUCCCCUCCUACAACUAUCCUGUACAGAUACCCAGUUCUUAGAGAUACUGGGCUUUUCCUGGGCUGUGAUAACUCUUAUGUUCACACUGGCAUUAAUAAUUCUCUCCUACAUUUAUAUCAUCCAGACAAUUUUGAGGAUCCCCUCUGUCAAUCAGAGGAAAAAGGCCUUUUCCACUUGCUCUUCUCAUAUGAUUGUCAUCUCCAUUUCUUAUGGCAGCUGCAUCUUCAUGUACAUCAAACCCUCAGCAAAGGACAGAGUAUCUUUGAGCAAAGGAGUUGCUGUGCUAAAUACAUCAGUAGCCCCUAUGUUGAAUCCCUUUAUUUAUAGUCUAAGGAAUAAGCAAGUGAAACAAGCCUUCAUGGACAUGUUACAAAAGAUUGUGUUUUCUACAAAAAAAUGA